UGCCUGGGCCGGGGAAGGUGUCUGGCUAUGAGCCUGUGAGGAGUCGCUUGGGACGCUGAGAGAAGCGAGGAGAGAUGUCUCAGCCGCCGCCGCCUCCGCCGCCUCCUCCACCUCCUCCACCUCCUCCUCAGGCUCCUCAGACGCCUCCACCGUUGGCGGCGACAACGACGGCUGCCCCGAAGCGACGGGACCGGAGGAUCUUCUCUGGGAGCUGCCCGGACCCCAAGUGUCAGGCCCGGCUCUUCUUCCCGGCCUCGGGCUCCGUGAGCAUCGAGUGCACCGAAUGCGGACAACGGCACGAGCAGCAGCAACUGCUCGGGGUGGAGGAGGUCACCGACCCGGACGUGGUGCUGCACAACCUGCUGCGGAACGCCCUGCUCGGCGUCACGGGAGCCCCCAAGAAGAACACGGAACUGGUGAAGGUGAUGGGCCUCUCCAACUACCACUGCAAACUGCUGUCGCCCAUCUUAGCCCGCUACGGGAUGGACAAGCAGACCGGGCGAGCCAAGCUCCUCCGAGAUAUGAACCAGGGCGAGCUCUUCGACUGUGCGCUGCUGGGCGACCGAGCCUUCCUCAUCGAACCCGAGCAUGUGAACACGGUGGGUUACGGCAAGGACCGCUCCGGGAGCCUCCUCUAUUUGCACGACACCCUGGAGGACAUCAAAAGGGCCAACAAAAGUCAAGAGUGCCUGAUCCCGGUGCAUGUGGACGGGGAUGGGCACUGUCUGGUGCACGCCGUGUCCCGGGCUCUCGUGGGCCGCGAGCUCUUCUGGCAUGCCCUGAGAGAGAACCUCAAACAGCACUUCCAGCAGCACUUGGAUCAGUACCAAGCCCUGUUCCACGACUUCAUUGAUGCUGCCGAGUGGGAGGACAUCAUCAGUGAGUGUGACCCCCUCUUUGUCCCUCCCGAGGGUGUCCCCUUGGGCCUGAGGAACAUCCAUAUAUUUGGCCUGGCCAAUGUGUUACAUCGCCCCAUUAUUCUCUUAGAUUCCCUCAGUGGGAUGAGGAGCUCCGGUGAUUAUUCAGCCACUUUUCUGCCCGGACUUAUCCCUGCAGAGAAGUGUACCGGGAAAGAUGGUCACUUGAACAAACCCAUUUGUAUUGCAUGGAGCAGCUCUGGUAGGAACCACUAUAUCCCUCUGGUAGGCAUCAAAGGGGCUGAAUUGCCCAAAUUGCCAAUGAAUUUGCUUCCCAAAGCGUGGGGUGUGCCUCAGGACCUGAUUAAAAAGUAUAUCAAACUUGAGGAGGAUGGUGGCUGUGUAAUUGGAGGAGACAGAAGUUUGCAGGAUAAAUACUUACUGAGGCUUGUUGCUGCUAUGGAAGAAGUCUUUAUGGACAUACACGGUAUUCAUCCUAGUUUGGUUGCUGAUGUCCAUCAGUAUUUCUACAGGAGGACUGGAGUGAUUGGAGUUCAGCCUGAAGAAGUCACAGCAGCUGCUAAAAAAGCAGUCAUGGAUAAUCGUCUUCAUAAGUGUUUGAUCUGUGGUGCCCUUUCUGAACUUCAUGUUCCCCCAGAGUGGCUGGCUCCAGGUGGGAAACUGUAUAACCUCGCAAAAAGCACUCAUGGACAGCUGAGACCUGACAAAAAUUACAGCUUUCCCUUGAACAAUUUGAUUUGCUCAUAUGAUCCAAUGAAAGAUGUUCUGGUACCAGACUAUGGGUUGAGUAACCUAACAGCUUGUAAUUGGUGCCAUGGCUCAUCAGUGCGAAGGGUGAGAGGCGAUGGGUCUAUUGUGUAUAUGGAUGGCGACAGAACUAACUCUAGGUCCACUGGUGGCAAAUGUGGUUGUGGAUUCAAGCAUUUUUGGGAAGGUAAAGAGUAUGACAAUCUACCAGAAGCUUUUCCUAUUACUUUGGAGUGGAGUGGAAGAGUGGUCAGAGAAACAGUUUACUGGUUCCAGUAUGAAAGUGAUUCCUCUUUGAAUAGUAAUGUUUAUGACGUUGCGAUGAAACUUGUUACCAAGCACUUUCCAGGUGAAUUUGGGAGUGAAAUCCUAGUUCAAAAAGUUGUUCACACUAUAUUGCAUCAGACUGCCAAAAAGAACCCUGAUGAUUAUACCCCUGUAAAUAUAGAUGGUGCUCAUGCCCAAAGAGUUGGAGAUGGACAAGAGUCAGAAUCUCAGCUCCCAACUAAAAUUAUUCUUACUGGACAGAAAACAAAAACUUUGCACAAGGAGGAGUUAAAUAUGAGUAAAACCGAAAGAACUAUUCAACAGAAUGUUACAGAACAGGCUUCUCUAAUGCAGAAACGGAAAACAGAGAAGUUAAAACAAGAACAAAAAAGCCUGCCCAGGACUGUUUCUCCAAGUACCUUGCGUGAUGGUCCAUCCUCUGCACCUGCUACCCCCACCAAGUCUCUCUACUCACCAACGACUUCAAAGGAGAAGAAGAUCCGAAUAACAACUAACGAUGGGCGGCAGUCCAUGGUUACGCUCAAGUCUUCCACAACCUUUUAUGAACUUCAGGAAAGCAUAGCCAGAGAAUUCAACAUUCCUCCAUAUUUACAGUGUAUUCGAUAUGGCUUCCCUCCAAAAGAGUUAAUGCCACCCCCAGCAGGAAUGGAAAAAGAGCCAGUACCUUUACAGCAUGGUGACAGAAUUUCGAUAGAGAUUGUAAAAAGUAAAGCAGAAGGUAGUGGUGGUCAGUCUGCUGCUGCACACUCAGUCCACACUGUGAAACAAGAAGAGCUUGCUGUCGCUAGUAAAUUGGCAUCUAAGGAACUUCAGGAGCAAGCUGACAAAGAAAUGUACUCCUUGUGUCUUUUAGCAACGUUAAUGGGGGAAGAUGUAUGGUCUUAUGCAAAAGGACUUCCUCACAUGUUCCAGCAUGGUGGUGUGUUCUACAAUAUUAUGAAGAAAACCAUGGGUAUGGUUGAUGGCAAGCAUUGUACUUUUCCUCAUCUACCUGGCAAAACAUUUGUCUAUAAUGCUUCUGAAGAUAGACUGGAGUUGUGUGUGGAUGCUGCAGGACAUUUUCCCAUUGGUCCUGAUGUUGAAGAUUUAGUUAAAGAGGCUUUGAGUCAGGUUCGAGCAGAAGCUUCUACAAGAAGUAGGGAAUCAAGUCCCUCGCAUGGGCUAUUAAAACUAGGCAGUGGUGGAGUAGUGAAAAAGAAAUCUGAACAACUUCAUAACGUAACUGCCUUUCAGGGAAAGGGGCAUUCUCUAGGAACUGCAUCCAGUAGCCCACACCUUGAUCCAAGAGCUAGGGAAACGACAGUUGUGAAAAAGCAUAACAUAGGGACAGACUUUAGUAACAGUACUAUUAAAACCGAACCUCCUGCAUACACAUCUGCUCCUAGUAAUAGUGAGCUCAUUCGAAUAGCUCCUGGAGUAGUUACGAUGAGAGACAGCAGGCAGCUUGAUCCUAACUUGAUAGAGGCACAGCGAAAAAAGUUGCAGGAAAUGGUUUCUUCUAUUCAGGCUUCAAUGGACAAGCACUUACGGGAUCGAAGUACUGAACAGUCAUCGUCUGAUCUUCCUCAAAGGAAAGUAGAUGCCAGCUCUUCUGUGAAGCCUGGAAGUCUUCAGAGUGGUUUGCCGGAAUCUUUUUCUUUAACUGGUGGCACUGAAAAUUUGAAUACAGAAACAACUGAUAGCUGUGUGGCAGAAGCGCUAGGAGCAGCAUUUGCCACAAGAUCAAAAGCACAAAGGGGAAAUUCUGUGGAUGAACCUGAAGAGAUGGAUAGUCAAGAUGCUGAGAUGACAAACACAACUGAGCCAAUGGAUCAUUCUUGAUUUAAUUUGAGGCUAAUAAGGGCAGAAUGUUUAUUGUGAAUAUGUAAUAUUUGUUGGCUGGGCCACAUACUUGAUUAGUCAUUAAAAAUCUUGUACGUAUAUAAUUCAAAGAUUAUAUCUGUUAUUCAGUGCAUGAUAGCAAGUGUGUGACUGGCAAUAGCUUUUAAAAUACUACUGCCCAGGCUGGCUCUUAAUUCUUGCAAAUUAGUUAUUAGGUUUGCUGAAAUUAAUAUCUUCCAUAUAUGUAGUUCAUUGGAAGUUCUUUGUAAUUUUAGUUCUUUGAAAGUCUUAAUGUUUCAAAUAUGAAAAUUCUCUUGCUAAAUAUGUUUGAUUCCUUGAAAAGGCUAGAACUUGGGGAGAAAUGAGAUUUUUGCAAAUGUUGAUGUCAUCAAAGUCACCAUCCCACAUAACGUAUUAGAAUGUCAAAAGAGUUGUCAAUCUGCAGGCUAUCUGAACUAAAUUGUAUCCAAAAAAUGUUAAUGAGUUAUUAGAUGCUGGAAUCUGUACUUUUCCAUAAUAAUAGACACAGGCAUAGAUAUAAAUAUUCUUUAGUGAAAAAUACCUUGAGAAUAGAGUGUAAAGAUAAAACAUUUUGCUGAUUUGAGCAAGAAACAUGUUUGCCAGAAUAAAACGGACAAUGUGAUUUAGUUAUAUUGCUCUCUGAGCCUACACAGCCAAUUGUGUGCUCUGUUGUUGAUAAGUUACCAUUAUUCUUAAAAUCCUAUUCUGGUCAAGAACCAAGGGCUUAUUUUUCUUUAAUCUUGCAGAAAGUUUCAAAAUGUGGUGGAAAUUGAAAAAUAAUGGUAGCAGUAGUUAAUCUCUACUUUCCAGAGUUUGUCAGAGUGAGAGAAUUUAUAUGUAAAAAAAUUAUCUUUAUGAAUAAGUUACAUUGCUCUAUAAUUUCGAUCAAUGGUGUUUAAGCUUGUAUAUGCUAAGUGUCUUUGGACUCCUUUGAACCAAAACUGUUCUCUUUUUUUUCCCAUAACAUUUUCCUUAAUUUUGGGGAUCACUUGAAUUUUGAUGCAAAUUUUACUGCAUCAUAUCCUGAUCAACUGGGCAUUUGCUAAAUAGUGUAUUUAUCCAUUUUUUAAUGCCAAUUUACUCAAGAAGCAGCUUUUGUGCUUGUUCCCUAAAGAUGAAGAAUAUUUAUCCUGAGAUUGGUAUUGCACUAUUUUAUCAUACUCAACAAAUUUGUAAAUUGAUAUGUAUAUUUCAAUCCACCUUCUCUUCUACAUUGAAAUUAAGUUGAAUUUGAAUGGAUGAAAGAGAAAAUGUAUGUUAAUACAAUCUCUUAUGUAGAGCAUUCAAAGCCUGGCUGUCUCUGAUUGCACAUGUAACAGAUGCAGAACUGCGUUUGCAUUCUAAGAAAACGUACAUCAGAAAGUCUAUUUUUAUCAGGUGUUUAAAAAUCUUAACCUGUUGAUUUAGAAGGAGUAAAGAAAAUACUACUACACUUGUAUUCUCAAGUAAGGGAGAUUACUAUUUUCUUUCUAUGAAAAUAUCUCUUAAUUGAAUCCAUUUAUUAAAGCAGCUACUACAUUUUAAGUAAGGAAAGACUAGAGAAUCUAGAUACUUUGCAAGUGAUAUUGAGCAAGAUACAUAGUUGGAUUUUAUCACAUCACACAUUAAGCCAUAUUUUAUCUCCAUUCUUCUAAAUUUACUUUUAAGAAUCUAUAUAAAAAAUAGGACAUUUUAGGAUUUCUGCAUUAUACUUUAGAACUGCAGCUGCCAAAUAAUAUUUCCCAUUUAAUUAGUAUAGGUCGUUUCUGUGUUUUAACUAAAAAUUACAUGUAU